AUGAAAGAAGAUCGAAAAUUAAAUAAAAACAAUCAAGGAUUAUACUAAUGGAUUGUUCUUACAAGUUUUUGCUUGAAUUCGUAUAUAAGAAUAUAUAUUUUAGAAUAUCAAAUAUAUUUAUGUUUACAGGAUUAUCACCAAUUUGGUCUUAAGUGGCCAUUUAUUAUGGUACUACUGACUAUGAUUUAAAUUGGUUUCCAAACAUGUAUUACAUUACAUUAAUGUCAUUUUCUUUCCUUUUCAAUCCUAUAAUAAUUAAAUUUUUUGGAAUCUCAUAAUUAUUAAGUUGUUGCUUAACUUCAUUAGGACUAUGGCUAUUAUUUUAUGUAAAAUAAAAUUUUUAGUUGGGACUUUUAAGUUUUGGAUUAAUAGGUUUAGGAGAAGCCUUCUAUUUUUAAGUUCCAUUACGUAAUUACAAUCAUUUAAUAUAGAUUUAUCAAAGCUUUGGUUCACACAUGAUCAAAGAAUUAUAUCAACUUUUAUUGCAUAAUAUUCAAAUAAUAUAGGAAUGUUAUUAGGAUAUACAAUUUCAUCAUUAUAUUUUAAUGAAAUAGUACUUAUAUUAUAAUAAGAAAAGGUUGAUGAAAAUGAAUUUAACAAGCGAUUUGAAAAUUUGAUAUUUUUUAAUGCAAUAUUAGCAACAAUAGCUUUGGGAUUUAAUUUUACAACAUUAAAAUCUCCUUUAUUGCAAUAUGAUAUUAUGGAAUUUAGAUUAACUAUUUGGGAAUCAUUAUAAAAAAUUGUAAUGGCUGAAGAAGCUAUUUUUGAUUUUUUAUCUAUUUCUUCAUGUAAAUAUGAUAAUAUUUUUAGUUAUAGGAUUAAGUUGGUGUUAUACAAUGUUAUUCGGUACUCAAUAAUAUUAUUUGGGUUAAACUUAUAUUUAAGUGACUUAAACUAAUAUCUACUUCUAAGUUGGUUAAAUUGUGGCUGCUUCUUACUGUACAUGGAAAUUAUAAAAGUAAUCCAAAGCUGGAAUUCAAUAAAAUUAUGAUAACUACAUUAAAACUGUAAUUAGUUUAGGAUUUUGGAUGCUUGUUUUCGAAAUUAUUUUAUUUGAACAUACUCCCUUUAUUAUAUUAGUUUUCAUUAAUUUCUUUAUUGGAGCAGGUUUAGGAGGAUUAUAUUCAGUAUUAUUAGAAUCUUUAAUGGAAAAGCAUUUUCCUGUCUAAGAGUUAGCAAUUGGAUCUAUAUUUGCAGCAGUUGCUUGUGUAAUUAAUAUAAAUUAUAUAGACUGUGUCUAUUACAAUAACAAUGACAUUAGUUAUACCUAAGUUUCUUUAGUAUGGAUUUCAAAUUUCUUGUUAUUUAAUGAUUAUACCAUUUUGUUAUAUAGCUAUCUUCUAUAAAACUCAAUUUAAACGUUUUGAAGCAGAAGCAUGA